AUGGCGCGCUCUAUACUUCUUGCUGCCCUCACCCUGGGCGCCUCCGCCCUGCCUGCCUCGUCCGGGAUGAACAACAUCAAGAACAUUGUGGUCUUGGUGCAAGAGAAUCUGUCCUUUGACCACUUUGCUGGUGGUUUGGACUAUGACUCGAGCAUCGAUGGCCCGCAAAACUAUUGCAACCCGGCCAAUGUGUCCAUCCCUGAGUCGGCCAAAGUGUGUGCCAACCCCAUCGCGAAGAACAUUGCCUCCGACGAUCCCAACCAUAGCAUCUCGGGUGGAAACAUGCAAGUCUUCGGCACCUAUCACCCCGUCUCCGGAGCGAAGGCAUCCAUGGAUGGCUUCAUCAGUGAGCAGCGCGCCUCCUAUCCCAAGGAUGACCUCAACCGGGCCGCUGAAGCCAUCAACUACUUCACCCCAGACCAUAUCCCGGUCUUCAACGCCAUAGCCCAGAACUUUGUCCUCUUUGACCGCUGGUUCGCCGCCGUGCCGGGGCCCACCAACCCGAACCGGGCCUACCUGACCUCGGGUACCUCACACGGUCACGGAAAGAACGAUGACGACUUCCUGACCUCGGCGCUCCCUCAAAAGUCCAUCUUCGAGCAGCUCUCGGAUAAGGGAAUCACAUGGAAGAACUAUGAGAACUCGACCCAGUCGGACCCUGCGUUCUUGCCCGAUGCCCUGUUCUAUGACUGGACCGCUAAGAAUGGCAAAGACAACGUCGUCCCGAUCUCCCAGUUCUACACCGACGCGAAGGCAGGGAACCUGCCGCAGUUCACCUGGAUCAACCCCGAGUGCUGCUCGUACAUGUCGAUGCACCCGCCCUCUCCGAUCAACAUGGGCGAAAACUUUGUGAAGGGCAUCUAUGAAGCCGUGCGCAAUUCCCCGCAGUGGAAUGAGACCCUCUUCAUUCUGACCUGGGAUGAGCAUGGUGGCUUUGCCGACCAUGUUUCCCCCCCGUCGGACGUCCCGGCCGGUGACAGUCUGACCUACUCCGAAGCCGCUGGGGAUGGUAAGGAAUACACCUUCCACUUUGAUCGUCUGGGAGUGCGUGUUCCGACUGUUUUGAUUUCCCCAUGGGUCUCGAAGGGCGUGGUGCAGCAUGAGCCCAGUGGAGGGAACGAGUUCACCCACACGUCCAUCCUCAAGUUUGUAUCCGAGCUUUGGGGACUGGAUAGCCUUUCUCCUCGAGUGGAGUGGUCGCCUUCGUUCGGAAACUUGGUCACCAACAAGUUCCGAAGUGACACCCCCGAGAAGCUGCCAGAGGCAGCUGACUUCUGA